UCUCAGUGGCAGCAAUGUGCACACCGAGUCCUUGGUGCACACUGCAUACAGAGGCAACGAGGAAGUCCUGUUUGGACCGUUUGAAAACUAAAAAAAGUCUCCACAACCCUCCGGCGGUAUUGCGUGCUAUGUCACGACGCGUUUAAUGCCCUGAAGGGGCGCAGGAAAGACUUCUGGCCAACUUUGCCAGGUGAUGCCAGAGUUGCGAUGAACUCCCCUGGUGGGUCGAAAGCGCGUUCAAUGCUCUGAUGGACGCUCACCGGGUACCGCAGGUGACCAUCACUCCGGAUGGAGGCGGGUCGUCGCGGGAGAUGCAGCAGGAGGACUGGGGUGCUAAUGCAAUGGACGGUGCCCUGCGGAGAAAACUGUCCACCUCCUCUGUGUCCUCCACGGGAUCCUCUGCAGUGGAGUCUGAGGAUGACCUGCUCAGCGACAGUGAGAGCAAAAGUAAAGGCAUCGUCACUUUGGAACACCUGGUGGACACUGCAGAGAACAAGCCCUGGUGGAAGUUAAAGACCAUCGUCCAAUGGCCCUUUAGCGCCACCCAGAGAAGGAAACUGAACUGGGUGCAGCUUGCCGGUCAUAAAGGGAACUUUAAAGCAGCAGACGAGGGAACCAUUCUGAAGAAGUACUCUGAAAAUGAGAUGUGGUGUUUCGAGAGGCUGAGAGACGACGCUCUGCUCCCGUUUGUGCCCGUGUACCACGGCGUUGUGGAAAAAGAUGGAGAGUCCUUUCUGCACAUGGCUGACCUGCUGGCAAGCUUUGACCUCCCGAAUGUCAUGGACUGCAAGAUGGGUGUGAGAACCUAUUUGGAGGAAGAACUGGUUCGAGCACGGGAGCGGCCUAAACCGAGGGAGGACCUGUACAACAAGAUGGUGGAGGUGGACAGCGAAGGGCCCACUCCCCAGGAACAUUCCCAACGUGGCGUCACCAAGCCCCGCUACAUGCAGUGGAGGGAGAGCAUGAGCUCCAGCAACUCCAUGGGCUUCAGAAUAGAAGGCAUCAAGAAAUGUGACGGCACAUGUCGGACCGACUUCAAGAGAACCAGAUCGGAGCAGGAUGUCAUGGUGGUGUUCAAGGACUUUGUCGGAGGGAACGUCAACAUUAUAAAGUCCUACCUGAGCAGACUGAUGGAGAUCCGCCAGGCGCUGACAGCAUCAGAGUUCUUCAAGCGGCAUGAGGUCAUUGGCAGCUCUCUGCUCUUCAUCCACGACCACACAGGCAACGCUCAGGUGUGGAUUAUUGACUUUGGAAAGACCACGGCAUUACCAGAGGGCCACAUGUUGAAACACAACAUUCCGUGGCGAGAGGGCAACCGCGAGGACGGAUACCUGUGGGGGCUGCAAAACCUCAUCCACACCCUGGAGGCUGUAAGCAGCGAGGGGAGCAGCCGUGAAUAAACCUGACUAUAACUGUAAACAUGGAGAGGAAGUGGGUGAAAGGUCACCACAGAGAGACAUUCAGUAAGUGUUACUGUGGGUUUUUAAUAGGGCUAUGAAAGUGGAACCGUUCCACAACAAACAGGUUGUGAUGGGAAGAAAAGCAGGCGUGUGGAAGAAAGUAUUGGGACAACUACAGGAAGUAGGUUCACACACAGUCGGAAGCAUUCAGAUGCCCAAAAUAUGAUGAGUGUAUCAUAUUCAGGUAGGAAGUAAAGUUCCUAGUCACACUGUAGAAAUAACACACAGCAAAAAUGUAAAAAAAUAGAGCAAAAAGUCAGAAAGUAAAGAGAAAAAAGCUGAAAUGUUGAUACUAAUAACACAAAGCUUUGUCUUUAAAUACAUACAGAUGGUCCUCGUUUUACGACUCCCAUAAAUGAUUAAUACUGUACCAAAAAAACGUGCGUGCAGAGGAAGAAUACGUGGGUGGAACAAUACGUGGUCACUACACAGAAACAGGACAACGUCGCUUUUGUUCCAUCCCAUCCAUUUUCUGCGCCGCCUGUCGCUGGAGCCUAUCCCAGCUGAAUUUAGGCGAGAGGCGGGGUACACCUUGGACUGGUCGCUAGCCAAUCACAGGGCACAUAUAGACAAACAACCACUCACACUCACAUUCAUACCGAUGGAUAACUUAGAGUCGCCAAUUAACCUAACAAGCAUGUUUCUGGGGAGGAAACGGGGAGAACAUGCAAACUCCACACAGAGAUCUCCAAGCGGAGAUCCGAACCCAGAUCUUCCCGAUCUCCUGACUGUGUGGCCAACAUGCUAACCACUGGGCCACCAUGGGGCUCGUCACUUUUGUUGUUUUUAGUACAUGUUUUAACUUUAACUUCCGGAGACUCUCCUGACGCACUGCCUCAAAGAAAGAAAAAGUGAAAGUGAAAUUAAACAUCGUAAAAUGCUCAGAAAGUGGAGAAAUGCCGGCCACCGUUGGCCGCAUGCUUGGUCCAAGCCGUUGUUGCGACCAUCAUGAAGGAUGAAGAUGGUAUCUUUGAACAUGUGAAAGGAUCUGCUCCUAUGAAAUGGACAGUGAUAACUAAAGGUCUGGCUAAAGCCCUGGCUGUGGGAUUUAUGACGUUCCCCAAAUCUCUCUCGCUUCUCCUCCGUCUCUGCCACCUUUUAUCUCCUCUCUGAUCCGAUACUGGGUAAAAUUCAGGCCGGUAUCUGCUAUACCGAUCCGAUACCGAAACGUGUAAAUACACCUAAUGUGUCUGGUAAAUUUUAAAAAGUAGUGUAUAGCAUUUAAAAUUUUGUACCAUAAAGAAUACAAGAUAUCAUAGUAAUUUACUGCUCUCCAUGAAACCCUGAAGUAUAUUAAGGUAACGGUGUGAUUUACAAUAUAGCCACGCUAAUAGGACAAAAUCAUAUAUCUGAAGUAACCAAAGUAUCGAUAUUUUGAUUUAAGAAUCGACUUCAAAGCAUGAAGCGCUGGUAUUGGAAGUAUCGAUAUUUGAGUAUUGAUCCGCACAUCACCGUACGGUACACCACCGACUUACUCCACACGCACGGAGGACGUAUGAAACAUCUGAACGUGCGUUGGCGCACGACACGCAUACGGAGUCCUCAAGUGUGACGUACGAAAAACAUGAACAUUUUGCCCAAACCUGACACCAGCAAAUGUAUGAAAGACACACGUUGGCCGUACGGACGCCGCACAAAGACAUACGAAGCGUUUAAUAAUUUAAUUCUUGUAUUUACCGUAAUCUUUUAAUAACUGUAUUUCAUAUGUUCUUCAUGUGUUCUCUGUACAGUGUGAGUGACUUAGGUGUUAAUUUAGGUAUAAGUUACGACUUACACUAAAACUCAAUGCCGUUGUAGGACUGGAACCCAUACGUAGGUCGAGGACCACCUGUAUGUAGUGCUUUAAGCCUUUUUUACAGAAUUUAAAUCUCAAAGUGCCCAUGGACUCCAGUAACCUGGCCUCGAGCUUUUACGAUGACCUAGCUAACCUGCUCGUGUAAAGGCCAUCAAGGAGGCCUCGUUACUGAGUCAACAAACUGACAUCAAUUAAACCGCUCACAACGAUAAGCCCAGCAUUGUAAAACUAUGCUUUUACUUUGAAAGUCAUUAUCUAUAAUAAUGUUGACUCUUCAUUGUGAACAAACCUCAGCCACAUGACCUCAACGUUGUUUUUUCCUCCCCAUGCAAUCUCACAAACUCUUCAUGAAUCUUAGCUAAUUUGCUGAUUAGAAUAGUGGACACCAUAAUUCCUCCUUUAUCGCCAUAAUUGCUUCCAUACCAGGCCGUUAUAAGUGAAUUUCCGGAUUCCUUCUUUAGUAUAGACAACCUAUUUACGACCUUCUAAAUAUAUAUAUAUAUAUAUAUAUAUAUAUAUAUAUAUAUAUAUA